CCGUGUACUGGAGUGGAGUUCAAAAUGCACAGUACGUAAAAUGUGUCAAAAUGGGUACGAUUGCAUCGGUGCUCCAGUGGUAUUGUACGAAAUGCAACUACCUAAACCCAACGGAAAGCGUACGAUGCCUUAGGUGUCGAACAUUUCGCAAAGAAGGCAGAAACGUCGACCUGAUCCACCAUCAACUGCACGCCAGCAACGACGGCAACAUACCCGUUUCGUCAUCGUGCGUUCGCAUGAAGGAUGUGAAUAGAAAACUAGUUUCGAACGAUUGCUUAUUUCGCGUGAUAGACAGCCUAGCGCUAGCGCACAAAAACAUUAACCGGAAGAAAAUCGAACGAUCGUUUGUGCAUCCGGUGCCGGAUCCCCGGUGCUGCUGGAACCGGAAACGGUAUCUGUCGCAGCCGAGCAUCAACCGCAAAUGGAAUUGCCACCGAUGCCGGGCGUACAAUCGUAGCGUUUCCUGGCACUGCAUCAACUGUGAAGCACUGAGCGUGAUCGCGCCCGUUUACAAAGACACGAUCCGGAAGCCACUGACGACGCCGCUUACUUGCAGAAACACCGAGCACGGCACCGCGCUACCACCGUACGCACCGUCGUGUCGCCUUAAAGCUUCCCGCAGCAUGGAACACGUCGGCGCGGCCCGGUGUCGGUUUUGCAUCUACAAUCAGUUUAGCUUCGAGAGCGAUGCAUCGCAGGCGUGCUGUUGCUGCUGCCGCACCACAAAACCUGCCCGUGGUCUGCCGGAAUCGUCCAACUAUCGUGAGCAGGGCAUUACGACGAUUACGAAACGGACGGGCGGACUGAUUGUGGUACCAUCGACGACGCCAAGAUUUAUAGACAAUUCCACGGCCAGCGUACGGCUCAAGGAUGGCAGUAAAACGAAGGGACAAACAACAGGGAAAAAAGUUCCCCCCUCAUCGACGGGUGCGCUGGAACCAAUCUAUGCAGUUAUCAACAAGGAAGCGAAGCGCAAAAAUAUUAACAAAAUCACGAGCGACGCUGUAAAUAAUAAUGCACCGAUCACUAGCGUUAAUCAACCGGCACAUGCGAAGGAAUCGCUACGGGACGAUUACGCAAACCUUCCAACACCGAUGAGCUGUAAAAAUGGGAAAUCAGAGAAAGAGGAUGAAACGUUCAAUAAUACUACUAGCGCGUGCAGUGAAAAAAUUGCAGCUAAAUGCAAAUAUAAUAAGCAACUAUCCAACUAUAAGAAUAAUUUUGAUAAAGUUAAUUAUCACGGCGGUGAUCAUGAUAUUUUUUCCGUUAUGGAUGAAUAUAGCACGCAUCAGAAUUCCACGAUACUAGAGUUAGAUAAUAUUCCUGCGAUCGUUAAGGUACCGAUAGCGAGUUUCGAGCAGGAUCUAGAAGACGAGUGGUGCACGAAAUCUUCUAAAGCGACAGACGAAAAGGAAUGGUCGUGCCGGAAGUGUACGCUAGUGAACACUAGUACCGCACUAGCGUGCAUCGCCUGCGGUGGCUCGAAGCUCCGCAGCAUCUGCAACGUCGAGGAGAUGACGCUGAAGAAGGGCGAGUUUUGGACGUGCCACAAAUGCACGCUCAAGAACUCGAUCGUACAGCCCGACUGCAGUGCCUGCAAAUCGUUACGCCCGUCGGUGAAGGGUUCCGGUGUGCUGGUGGUAAACGAAUCGCUUGCCACGAACCGGCUGAUACUAGGUCAGUGCGAUGAACCGUCGAACAGUAGCCGCUCGAGUUCGGCACUCGGGCACCCUGGUACACCAAUCGAUUCGGGCGCCAUUCCAAAGCAGCAGCUGCAGCAGCAACAGCAAUCGCUGCAACCGCAAGGUCCACCACCACCGCCCCAAUCGCCCCAAUCGGGCGUAACGGUAAAAUCGAUCGUACCCUCGAUGCAGGUAUCGAUACCGAAACGUACCUGGCAGUGUCCGGCCUGCACGUACGAAAACUCGCUCGCCUGCGUCGUGUGCGAUAUCUGCUCAAGCCACCGGCACAUCGAUACCGGUUGUCUCGUCUGGCAGCAGCAGCAGCAGCUGCAGAAAAACAAUCGGCUCGAGGAGAACCAACGUCAGCUGGACGAUCUGGAGGCGCUCAAUCGCUGGAAAAGCAUCAUAGAGUACUGCGUCGAGAAUGGGCAAGCGUUCGUGGACGAUUCGUUUCCACCGGCAACGAAAAGUCUAUACUAUCAGCCUUCGUCUAACAUCGAGUGUAAUCCCGUUGCCCAAUGGCGCCGACCGCAUGAAAUCCUUUGCGAAGGUGGCAACCAAUCGACGCCGCCGUGGGCCGUUUUUCGGACGCCACUACCAUCCGACAUUUGUCAAGGUGUGCUCGGCAACUGUUGGCUACUGAGCGCACUGGCCGUGCUGGCCGAACGCGAAGAUCUCGUGAAGGAAGUACUGCUGACGAAAGAGAUCUGUCCGCAGGGUGCGUACCAGGUGAAGCUAUGCAAGGAUGGCCGCUGGACGACGGUGCUGGUAGAUGAUCUGCUACCGUGCGACAAACGGGGCCAUCUCGUGUAUUCCCAGGCAAAGCGAAAACAGCUGUGGGUACCGCUGAUCGAGAAAGCGGUCGCGAAGAUACACGGCUGCUACGAAGCGCUUGUGUCCGGGCGUGCGAUCGAAGGUUUGGCAACACUGACCGGAGCACCGUGCGAAAGCAUUCCGCUGCAAGCCAGCUCACUGCCACUGCCGAGCGAGGACGAUCUGGACCGGGAUCUGAUAUGGGCGCAGUUGCUGAGCUCCAGGUUAGUUAAGUUUCUGAUGGGUGCCAGUUGUGGUGGCGGUAACAUGAAGGUGGAUGAGGAUGAGUAUCAGAGGAAGGGACUGCGGCCGCGGCACGCCUACUCCGUGCUGGACGUGCGGGAUAUUAAAGGACAUAGGCUGUUGAAACUGCGCAAUCCGUGGGGACACUUUUCCUGGCAAGGAGACUGGUCCGAUGAUUCGGAACUGUGGACGGACGAGUUGCGUGACAGUCUAAUGCCACACGGUGGUUCGGAAGGUGUGUUUUGGAUUUCAUUCGAAGAUGUAUUGAGAUACUUUGACUGCAUCGAUAUAUGCAAGGUGCGGUCGGAAUGGAACGAGGUGCGACUAUUUGGCACGCUGCAACCGCUCCGAGCUUUAUCGUGCGUGCUAAUAACGGUCCUCGAACCGACCGAAGCAGAAUUUACCCUCUUCCAGGAAGGGCAAAGAAAUUCGGAAAAAUCACAACGCUCCCAGCUCGAUCUUUGCGUGGUGUUGUUUCGGACGCGCAAUCCGGCAAACCCUGAGGUGGGCCGAUUGGUCGAGCACAGUAAACGGCAGGUGCGUGGGUUCGUUGGCUGCCACAAGAUGCUCGAAACGGACCUAUACAUGCUGGUUUGUCUCGCGUUCAAUCACUGGCACACAGGAAUUGACGACUUUAUGCAGUAUCCGCAGUGUGUGCUAGCGAUACACAGCUCCAAACGGUUGCUGGUGGAACAAAUUACACCGCCUCCAUUCCUGCUGGCCGAUGCAAUCAUCAAUCUUACCCUGGCCAAGGGUCAGCGGCAUGAGGGUCGGGAGGGGAUGACGGCGUACUAUCUAACAAAGGGAUGGGCCGGUUUGGUUGUGAUGGUCGAGAAUCGGCACGAAAACAAGUGGAUACACGUCAAGUGUGACUGCCAGGAAAGCUACAACGUUGUUUCGACGCGUGGCGAACUCAAGACGGUUGAUUCCGUCCCACCGUUACAGCGGCAGGUGAUUAUAGUGCUGACACAGCUGGAAGGCAGCGGUGGAUUUAGCAUAGCGCACCGUUUAACGCACCGUUUGGCAAAUUCGGGCGGUUUGCACGACUGGGGACCACCGUCCUCUACGCACUAUCCGCCGAUCGAGAACGUGUCCGAGCUACACUCACCGCGCAUGAUUACCUAG